GGGGAGAGGGCGGGAGGGGCCGAACCCUGAGCAGAGGUGGAGGCGCGACGGCGGAGGCAGAGGCAGAGGCCUGAGGUGGCCUGGAGUGGCCUGAGUUGGCUGGGUUUGUCGGUGCUGAUCCCAUCCCAGCACCAGGAGAGACUGAGGCCUCAGGAGCGGCCUUGAAAAUGGGGAGCGGUAGCCCCCGGGUGCCAGGCCCCGUUCUCUUCCUGCUGCUGCUGCCGCCACCUCCACUGCAGAGCACAGAGAGUUUCCCGUCCCGCGUUCCAGGCAGCAGAGACGUCCAACCAGAUGCAGGGCACCAGAAGAAGGCUAAGACCAGGUUGACAGUCUGCGAUGGCGUCUUCGACGUCUACUUCGUUUUGGACGUGUCAGACAGCGUGAAGCACCACUGGGAGGACGUUUACAAAUUUGUGGAAGAAGUGGUGAAGACGUACCCAAACCCGAAACUGCGGAUAUCGUUCAUCACCUACUCCACAGAGGGCCACACCCUCAUGAACCUCACCUCAGACAGAAAUGAGAUACAUGAUGGUCUUGACCGGCUUAAGAAUGUGGUGCCUUCAGGAGACACAAACAUGCAGGAGGGGUUUAAAAAGGCCAAUGAGCAGAUCCAACAAGUGUACUCCAAAGACAAAAAUGCCUCCAGCCUGAUUAUUGCUCUGACCGCUGGACCAAUACGGUCAAAGAUAUUACGGCAGACCAAGAGCGAAGCUAACAGGGCUCGGAAUAUGGGGGCCACAGUUUACUCUGUGGGGUUCAACGACUAUAUUGCAGACCAGCUGAGGACUCUUGUACUAAGAGGUGGCCAAAAGUACGCGAAAGAUGAAUUCAAGUCCUUCGAUGACUUUGUUAUCUCGCUUGUAGGAAAUUCCUGUAAGGAAAUUCUGCGUGAGGAUGCUUUCUUUGCUUGCAUAGGAGAAUACUUUGAUCUUGGGUUUUUUUCAUCUGGCCUAAAAGAAAAUAAACUGGAUGAAUAUGUUUGCAGAUAUAAGUUGGACACCAACCCUGCCUUCAGUAAAAAAGCCAUCUCUAUGACAAAAGAAAAAUUAAUUUGCCCAGGACACGUAUUUGACAAACCCCAACAGAAGGUCAUCGUUGAUUACAGCCUGAACAAUGGCACCAGCUUCAUGGGCACAACAUUGAAAAUCAUCAGCAAGGACUGUGGAGGGCCCACAUUUGUCCCAAAGAAGGAGACCCCGGUGCCCACGACUGUCACAGAGAAGGAGACCCCAGUGCCCACCGUGGCCCCACCUGGCCUGAGCCCCGACAACCCUCUCUUCUUCCCUGUGCUCGUCCCAGCCGUGCUCAUCAUCCCUGUGCUGAUCUGCUGCAUCUGGUGCUGCAGGAGGACCGUCAAGGAGCCACCACCAGUGCAGAAAGCAGAAAAGGAGCCAGAGACAUGCCCCACAGUGAUUGUUCCUUGGUGUGGGUGCCAACAAGACAGGAUAAGACGGAUGGAGGGUAAACUGGAUACCUUGUGCAACUUUGUUCAAAGCUGCAACCAGGUGCCAUUGAUGUGGUGUCAGCCCAGAGACAAGUGCUUGACUGGGAAGAUACAGGAGACAAGGAGCCCACCCUUUGCCUCCCCGUUCUGGAGAAGAGCUUAUCUGCUGGGUCCUCACCUUGCUCUAUCCUCCCUCGCAAUUGGAAAGAGAACAACCUUAGCUCUCACCCCAGGAAAGUCGCCCAUCACCCAUGGCAUUAUAGUCCAACUUGUGAUGUCUCAGCCUGUGUUCUUAUGGGGCUUUACUCUGAAGAGUCAAUCAGGUACAGUGUGUGAAAGCACCCAGCAUGGAAAAUGAAUGUGGAGCUCUUGGGAAAGAAGGGAGAGAAACUUAAAAAAGAGGGAAAGAAGAUAAGACAGGGUCUGAAGUUGGAACAUGCCUGGAAGGAGGUGGUAACCGGGAGAUGGAGCCCUGGCAUCGGGGUUGAUGGAAGGCAUAGGGAGAGGCGAGUGGUCAGCAGUUAGAAAGUCCCCAGAGCCCUGGGGCCCCACAGCUGGCACCUUCUCCUCCUAAAAAGGAGGGCGACUGGCCCCUCUCAGCAUCAGAACAGACCCUACAGCUGGGCGGGAAGAAGGGUGAGGAGGACAAGGGCCCACCCCUCCUGGCUUCUGUCAUACCUCCCUCUCAAGCCAGAAGAUGGCAGCUUGUCAACUAUUAUCCUGGAGGUGAUGCAGCUACAGGGAGGGUGCCUACACAGGAAGGACAGGCUGGUCCCGGAGGAUGUUGUUAGUUCCCGCGAUGGGCCUCAGCCUCCCGGUAUACUUGGAGAGCUUUCCUUCCUAGGCCUAGUUUGUGCGUAAAGACGUCAUGGUCUCUAACCUGUGCCUCAGAAUGAGUGCACAGUACAAAAGAGAAGGCAGUUAAUGAGGAGGCUUUAUUCUGGAGGAGAUUGGUUUGCAUUCAGGUCCCAUCUUUUGUUGGACUGGACCAUGUGACCCAGUGAUCAGUGUGACAGCCCUCUCCUCAGUCUCCCUGCAGGUCAACCAGGCCAGGGGGCAGGAGCCUGACCUCCCCCACCCCCCCAGGUGUCACGGUUCAUCAGAGACAGACAUGUAAUGAAAAGGUCUCAGAGCUCAGGCUCCAUGCUAGAGCAGGAGCAUUAUGACUGCAGGGUCCCUAAGACAGGCUGGGCAGGAACAGUCAUGUUUGUUGGAAAUGAGAUUGAGGGGCUUUGUGGAGGAGGUAAGGCUUGAGGUGAGUCUUAAGAGGUGAGUAGGAGUUCACCAGGCAGGAAGACUCGAGGAAGGGCACUCCAAAGAGAGAGAACAACCUACGUAAAACCUUAGAAAUGGGAACCUUAGUGCUUCUGAGAAAGACUUUUAUCUGAUUGCCUGCCUCCUAAGCCCCUAGCGCACAGCCUUGCGAGAAGCCUACCUAUUCUCCAUUAAUAGUCCAGGCUCUCAAUUUGCCUUCAUGCUUCCAAGAGAGCUUCUGGAGCUCCAGCCAUCACAUCCGUAUUCCAGGCAGAAAGAGGCAGGAAAAAGGCAAAAGGGCUUUCUACAAAACACUGCCCAACAGUUCCCGUCUACAUUCCAUUGGCCAGAAUUGAUUUACAUGGCCAUCUUGUUCAGCAAUGGAGACUGGGAAAUGUCAUUUUACAGCUGAGCACAUUGCCUCUCCCAGCAAAAUCACAUCUCUUGUUAUUAAGGAAGACAGGAAGCGUGUGCCUGGCACCCCAACCACCAUUAGACAUUGCCAGCCCCAUUUAGAGACGGGAAAACAGUUCCCAAGGGGCUGAGUGACUUGCCUGAGGUCAGAGACAGGGUAGGAUCCCAGCCCUUCCCCCUCACAUUGAGUGAAUGACAUUUAGCGCUUUUCUAAGAGGCCCUGAUCAACCUUCAGGGCCUAAGAAUCCGGCAGAGGGAAAGGCAUAACAGACAAACGUGGAGAGAAGAAUUGUGUCUGUGUGUCUUGGAGCAGUCUGAUGGCAUGCUCAUGGCCUUGGCUGGGCUGUGCCCAGGGUCCAGGGGCAGGCCUGAGGAGGCUCCAUGGCAGAGAGGGAUGGGGAGCUCUGCAAACAGGCAGCUCGUGCGUCUGGAAGCACUCUUUUCCCCUGUCCUCACAUCCUCUCGGUCCCCUCUCCCACCAGCCUCCUGAGUUUGCUGUAAAGAUUUUUCUGUGCACGCUGUUCUGUGUGGAACACAGUGCCCUUGCCAUCAGAUCAGCAUCACCAUGCUUGUCAGGAGCAUUAGCUCUCUUAUUGGUGUGGGCCGGGGUUGGGACAGGUGUUAGGAGAAAAACAAAUCCCACAGCAGAGUAGUCCAUUGUUAGAUGUGAAGCCUGAGCACUUACAGCAUCUCCUAUUGAAUAAAGGAUAAAUUCGACUUAAUAAGGGCAAAGAGCUUUAGCAUCCAGGGCCCCAAGGCCCCCUGCAUCAUCCUCUGUCCCCCUGGGUGGUCCCCACUCUGGGAAGAUAGCAUGGAUGUCAUUCCUCUCCAUCCUGUUCUCUUUGGCUUCUCCUUGGUUCCAUUUUAAAUCUAGCUGUGACAUUAUUGGUUUGACAACUGCUCAGACACAACACCUCCCUCAGCCGCAAGCUUCUGCCAGAGGGCACGCACUCCCUCAUCCAGGAAAGCCCUUUGCUCCCUGUCCCUCUGCAGCUUCCUGUGCAGGCUGGCCUAACAGCUGGGUGUGGCCACUGGCAAGUCGAUGGUAAGGGACCAUAGGAAAGAGCGACAAAGAGGGACACAUAAGAACCUUGACAGCAGACAUAAGAACUGGGGGACCGCAGCAGCAAGGACAAGGGCGCCUGCACAGGAGGGGGCCGAGGGGGCCGAGAGCACAGCAGCAGCAGCAGCAGCAGCAUUGCCUGUAUUCUUAGAUCACUCUGUAUGCACAGUAUGGUCAUUAACUGGUGUGUCACCACACGUGUCAUUUACACAGCUCUUCACAUCCGCUGCCUUGAUCCAAUCCUUGCUGCACCCCUGGAUGCACUGUCUGUAUUCCACAGAGGAAAAUGCUGAGGUUUGAAGCCCGCCCAGGACUUGCACUUGUCUCUGCUGCCUCCUGAGUCUGCCCACCUUCCCCUGUGGAUGAGAUUCUAACAUGGCCCCCAGCCUCGCGGAAAACUGCUCAACACAUCUGGGUGGUGGCAGGGGAAUGGUGCGCACAAUUCAGGAGACUCACCACGACUUCUGGGUGCCGGUGUGCUCACCAGCCAAAUCUGCUCACUCUUUCAGUGUUUUUAUUGCAGGUCGUCCACCUGGGCGAGUGUACUACUUUCUUGUGGCUGCUGUAACAAAUCUCCACAAAUGUAGUGACUUAAAACAACACAAGUUUAUUUUCUCACAGUUCUGGUGGCCAGAAGUGUGAAAUGGGUUUCCCUGAGCAGAAAUCAAGUUGUCACCAGGGCCACACUCCUUCCUGAGAUUCUGGGGAGAGUCCCUUUCCUGUCUUUUCCACUCUUAGAGUGGCAUUCCCAUUGUUCCCUGGCUCCUUCCUCUGACUGAAGGCCAGCGGGGCGGCUCCUUAAGUCUCUCUCCCCUCCCACGGUCUCAUCGCCUUCUCCGCGUCUGGAGCAAAUCUCCCUCUGCCUCCUCUCACAGGACCCUUGUGAGCACCUGUAGGACUCACCCAGGUGACCCAGGAUAAUCUCCCCAUCUCAGGAUCCUUGAUGAAGCCACAUCUGCCAAGGCCCUUUUGCGAUGUAACCUCAACACCCACAGGUCCAAGGAUUAGGACCUGGAUGUCUUUGGUGGCCGUUAUUCAAGUGACCAUAGCAAACCACUGAAGUAGAAGCUCCUUUGGGAGCAGGGAUUGUCCUGUUCUGCACCUUGCACUUGUGUGACACAUAAUGAGCAGAGGGGCAUGAAGGCAUGAAGGGGUGAGUGUACAUGGCACAGGGGUGUGCAAGGGCCACACUAAGGAAGGGCCAGGCCCAGCGGCCUUUGCUCAGCCUGUGCACCUAAAAGCCUGGCUGUCCUGGUGUGCCAGUGGGUUUGUUUGGGUGAAAGGCACACUCUGUGGUGUUUGAGGAACCUCCCACUGGAAGCAAACUGGGGGUCUUGGAAGGGCCGCCGUGGUCUCCCUCCUUUUGGGUGUGCUCCUUCAUGGAGCCUGGAGGCCCUUUCUUACUUGCUGACUGCAUCCCGUGGAGCUGGAGUAGUCAGAGAUGCUGCGAGCUGGUCAGUGUGCCCAGGCCACCCUCCCUGGCACAUCCGGGCCCUUCAGCUGGGAGUCCUCAGCUAAGGCAGAGCUGGGGUGAGGCGGAGAUGACAGGCAAACCAGGGGUGGUUGGUACUACAGAGAUUUUGCUGUCAUAAAGGGCCUGCAUCAUUCUCUUCCCAAAAUAAGAAGGCCCAUGGGUGCUGCUGCCUCCACAGCCUGUCACCCAUCCGAGGGUGCCCCCACCCACCUUUGCCUUGGGGACCCGGAGCCCAGCCUGAGGACUGUGUUGAGGGCUCAUCCCUUCAGCACACGCUCACCGACAGAGCCUGGGCAACGCUGGGGCUCAUGCGGCAGUCAGGCCUCUUCCUUUCCCCAAGGAUCCCAGUUUAGGGGGGGAGAGGAAACAUUUAACACCAGAGCAAAAGGAGUCCAGACUCAGAAAACUGGGAAGGCAGGGCAGACUUCUGAGGCUUGAACAGAGUCUCAAAAUAGUCAUCCACACUAGAGGUCAGCACCCCGGAAAAGCAAGGGCAUCGAUAAAGGUCCACCCUGUGGGUCCAGACGGGUCCUGAGCCUGAUUCUCUUGAGCCACAAAAACUGCAGCCUUCUGGUCCCCAUUCCAGUGUCUUCUCAGUGACCU